AGAAAGAAAUGACAAGGAGAUGAAUGGCACGAAUGGUAGUAGGAAAGUUUGAUCGAAAGAUGACAUUUUAUUCACAUUUAUUAAAUCAAUGCAUUAAUGUUGUACGAUAUGCGUAGCAAAAGAUUAGUCGGCUGAAAAUCUUCGCAUGCGCUCGUCCGAACUAUUUAAGAGAACGAAAUUUAUUUCAUUCUCAAAUAAAAUUAAGGAAACGUAAAUUGUUUAGAAAUGGCAGAUAUUAAACCAGAUCAUAAAGUUGAAGAUACUGAUAAUUAUGGAAUGGGUAAUAAUGCGGAACCAAAAAAUAUGCAAGAAUUGACAGAAUAUGUACAAACACUACUACAAAAUAUGCAGGGUAAAUUUCAAACAAUGUCAGAUCAAAUUCUUGGAAAAAUAGAUGAAAUGGGAAACAGGAUAGAUGAUCUAGAAAAGAACAUCACAGACCUAAUGACACAGGCUGGUGUAGAAGGAGGUGAAAAAUGAUCAUAUC